GACACUCUUUCCGCCAUGGAGCUCACCAUGGACAACUUGCACAGCGUCCCGUCGCAUUCCCAGGCGGGGGACCUCAUGAGCUCCCCGCACGCUCGGCCGUCGCCCUCCCCCAGCGCCACGACCCGGAAUCUGGUCUCGCACGGUCCCAGCGCGCGGUCAGCCAUGGUCUCCGGCAUGGCCUCCCUCCUGGAUGGGUCCGGCGGGGAUUACCGGACUGACCCGUCCGCCCUGUCGGGGCACCUCCACCCCUCCAUCAGCAUGUGUGAGACCGGGAUGAACCUCAACAACACGUACACCACCCUGACCCCGCUGCAGCAUCUACCUCCCAUUUCCACCGUGGCCGAGAAGUUUCACCACCCGCACUCGCACCACCACGCCGCCGCCCACCAGCGACUCUCCGCCGGCAACGUCAGCGGGAGCUUCACGCUGAUGCGGGACGACCACCGGGGGCUCACGUCCAUGGGCAACCUGUACAGUCACUACCCCAAAGAGAUGUCCGGCAUGGGUCACGGCUCGCUGUCCCCUCUGUCCGGGGGGCUGUCCUCUCUGCACAACUCCCAGCAGUCGCUCUCAGCCUACGGACCCAGCGCGCACCUCUCCACCGACUCCAAAAUGCUCUCCCCGGUGUCAGGGUUCGAGCCGCACGCGUCCAUGCUGUCCCGCAGCGACCAGGAGCACCUGGCCAGGAGUUUAGGGGGCCACGGCCACGGCUUGAUCUCCAACCUGAACGGCAUGCACCACCCGCACAGCCACCUCCACUCCCAGGCGAACGGCGCCGUGAUGCUGGCGGAGCGGGAGAGGCACGGCCACGGAGGCGGCGGCGGCGGUCAGGGGGUGUCGGGCUCAGGCAUCCAGGCGGAGGAGAUCAACACGAAGGAGGUGGCUCAGAGGAUAACGGCCGAGUUGAAGCGCUACUCCAUCCCGCAGGCCAUAUUCGCGCAGCGGAUCUUGAGUCGCUCGCAGGGCACUCUGUCGGACCUGCUGCGGAACCCCAAACCCUGGAGUAAGCUCAAGUCGGGCCGGGAGACGUUCAGGCGGAUGUGGAAGUGGCUGCAGGAGCCCGAGUUUCAGCGGAUGUCAGCUCUCCGACUGGCCGCUUGUAAACGGAAGGAGGAGGACCGGGGACGGGAGCGCAGCCAGGUGCCCAAGAAGCAGCGGCUGGUCUUCACCGACCUGCAGCGUCGCACCCUGGUCGCCAUCUUCCGAGAGAACCGGCGCCCCUCCAAGGAGAUGCAGCUCACCAUCUCUCAGCAGCUGGGCCUGGAGCUCUCCACCGUCUCCAACUUCUUCAUGAACUCCCGCCGCCGCUGCCCGGAGCGCUGGGACACUGAGGAGCACGGCCACGGGAUGCUCGGCGGCGGCCACGGMCACGUCCACACCCCGCACGGGAGCGGCAGCAACACCAGCGCGUCCCCGCUCCAAGCCGGCGCCUCCGCCAACACUUUCUCCAAGGCCUGACGGCUGCAGGACGGAUGCGUGCAGGGUGGUGGACGAGAUUUUUUUUUUAAUUUGAUUUUUAUUUGAACUUUGACUGAAACAAUGUGCACAGCUGCUGUGUGUAUCUUGUGUGYUCAUCUGAUCCAUCUGCUGCACCUGUCCAGAUGAACCAGAAGCUCCGUGCGUUUUAUUUUAAAUGGACUGCUUUGCUCCUCAAACCAAAGAUUCAGUAUAGUUUUAUGAAUCACUGCAAACAAACUUCUCUGUAAAUCCACCGGAAAACAAACAAAGAAAACACGUUUUCACAAUAAGAGUCUCAGACAGGAGUGAGACAGCAGGUGGACAUGUGGAUCAGCACACUUAAAGGCACAAUUCAAACCUUUUCCUAACAUUUCUGUGGACAGGUUAGAAACAUUGUGGCAAAUYGCUUUAUAAGCUACCUCAAUUUAGAGAAAUACAGAUCAGUUCCCACCAGAUUGACGAGCUAAGGGCUAGUCUGYGUGAGGCUAAGACCAAAGUGCACUACUGUCACAUUAUAAACGUUUAUAUCCGCCUUACAGCAGAAACAUCAUGUUCCGUGGCAGUGCUGCUAUUUGUGCUCACAAAUAAUACUAUCACUAUAAAUAACCAUGUCAUUUGAAAUAAUUGGUGGUGCAAAGUUUAUUAAGUGUUUGCAUGAACCACUACAAUAUUKUCGAGACCCCUUUGGUCUUGGCCCCGCUCAAAGUAACCUUUAGCUUUUUAGCUAAAAUUGAUCAGGAGUAAUUUUUGUUUUUCCAAACCGAUAAUGUUCAAGUAGCUAUCUGCAGCAGGUAAGAUAUUAGYUGUUCAURACUUCUACUUCUUAUUUUAAAAGACUCAGACAACUGCUUUAAUUAAUGUAUAAUCCAUUGUUUGGCACAAGGGUGUGCCUGGAUUUCUUUUAAGUGAAAUUGGGCCAUAAAUUCAGGAUGAGAAUUAUUAAAGUUAGCCAUAAACAGUAAUUAGCUGCAACUUGAAGUGGGUCAACCUGUUUCAGAUUUAGCACCCAUUUUUGGAGCUAAACCUUUCUAUCCACUUGGGAAGGGAUAUUUUCUUUUUGGCUACAUGUGCAGAUAGGUCUCAUGGUUUACGUCCAGUGAAAUGGACACAAGCAUUCACUUUGACCUGCUAACCACCUUCAGUGGUGCCUGCAUGUUUAAUAUUCACAUGGUCUCUUCGUGCUACAAGGGGUGUUUCCAUCCUUCUGCUGGUCUCCAGUCUGCACCACGUCAGAGUAACAGUGCCACCUGCUGCCCACAUGAAAGCUUCUAGUCUCAGCUCACAUCUCCAGCAAGGUUUUAGAAAAAGCCUUACACCCUGCAGUAUAAAUCAGCUUUAGGACAUACCAGCCCUCCUAUUUGAGCAAAAUUGUAGUCCUGUAAACACGACACACCCGUGGAAAUUAUUGACUCAACUUUUGAUUUGAACGUUUCGUUUAUUUCUUGACACUCAUCGUGCGGCUUCGCUGCCGUAGGCCGCUCAGCCACACGAGAGGGUAUAUUCAGGUUAUAAAAGGAGAACAAUCAAACAAGGACGACGCAGCUUUGAAGCAAACCGUCGUCCCCAAGUUUAGUGUAUAG